ACAACACGUACUAGCAAAGCUAGCUCGAUCGUUGCAGAGCAUGGGAAGAGCUCCGUGUAGUGAGAAAAAUAGCCUUAAAAAAGGACCAUGGACCCCGGAGGAGGAUCAGAAACUCUUGGACUAUAUUCAGAAACAUGGGUAUGGCAAUUGGAGAACGCUACCAAAGAAUGCUGGACUUGAAAGGUGCGGAAAGAGCUGCCGACUUCGAUGGACUAACUAUUUGAGACCCGAUAUUAAGAGAGGCAGAUUUUCUUUCGAAGAAGAAGAGACAAUUAUUCAGCUACAUGGUAUAUUGGGCAACAAGUGGUCUGCCAUUGCAGCUCGCUUGCCUGGAAGGACAGACAACGAAAUAAAAAAUUACUGGAACACACACAUUAGAAAGAGGCUCCUACGAAUGGGAAUCGAUCCGGUUACUCACAGUCCACGCCUCAAUCUUCUUGAGCUCUCCUCAAUUCUAAGUUCAUCUCUCUGCAGUUCAUCUCAGAUGCACAUCAUGUCAUCAAGGUUUCUUGAUGUUCAAUCUUUAGUAAAUCAUGAUCCAGACCUUUUUAGGCUAUCCAAAUCUCUAAUGUCAUCCAGCCGUGAAAACCCAAACUUAGUUCUUCAAAAUCUCCAUGAAAACCAGCUUUGCAGUUCCCAAAAACAAAACCAAAUUUCACAAAUUGUCCAACCGAAUCAUGAACUUCAAGAACCUGUUCAAGAAAUUCCACCAUGCAACAAAUUGUCUAUCUCUUGCGUUUCAUUCCAAAGUGAUCAAGAACAAGUCGGUUUGGAGCCCAAUGUAGAUUUGUUCACAUCAAGUUUCACUGAUUUCAGCUCUUCCAACUCCCAACCAACCGAGUGGCAAAGCAACGGGAUGCCUGCAGAUUUUACUGAAGAUUAUGUUCCUCUACCAAGUUAUUAUCAUGGGUCUGACCAUCAUCAAACUAUGAUGGAUCCUUCUUCUGAAUCAUCAACUUUCCACUCCAACAACAGCAACCAGAAUUUCAGCUUCACACCUUUAUCGAGCCCAACACCAUUGAAUUCGAAUUCAACAUAUAUCAUCAAUAGCAGCACUGAAGAUGAAAGCUGCAGGGAGAUCAGCCAUUGCACCAACAUGUUGAAAUUCGAAAUCCCAGAUAUCUUGGAUAUGUUAAUCAAUUCAUGAUGUAAGGCCCACUGAUGAGGAAGCUAGCUAGCUAAGGUUGUUACAACUUUCUGGAAUUUGGGUUUUGUGGAGUUGAUGAUCAUACUUUGCUCAUAUAAUUAAUUUGCCAGCAUAAUAUUGUUAAUUAUUAAUCUUACCGUACCAGGAAGAGAGAUGAUCUCUA